AUGAAAUUCAUUCUUAUCCUCGCUUGUCUGGCGCUUUUCGUGGCCCACACUCAGGCCCAAAACUGCCGCGGUAGUGUUACGCCACCCUUGAGAGUUUGCGUUGGACCUCGAGAUGAAGGAAAUACCUUUCUUCCCCAUUGCGGACUUAAUAGAAAUCCAAACAUGUGGUGGUACGAUAGUAGUGACAGGACCUGCAGGGUACUGAACUUUCGCGGAUGUGGUGGCAACCGCAAUCGCUUUUGCACUCGGGAGCAAUGCCGGACGAGGUGCUUACGUUAAUAAUUAAAGGACGGAUAUAUGAAUAUUGAAAUAAAUCGAAUU